AUGAGCCUAGCAAGAGACCAAGCGGAGGGAAGCCGAUUUCAACCUAAUGAAGUCCUUACGUCGCAGCAGAUUAGUGGCUUCUUCACCCGUCUUUCAGCAAAGAAGCGAUUAAAAGUUACAGCCGCCGGUAACGAAGCAAAAGCUAGUGAAGUAUCAGAAGUGGACAUGGAGAGCGUCGUCGAGGACGAAAUUUCUGCCGAAGCUGAGAGUCAUCUAUCUGCAGCGUGUACAAAUGUGUAUAUUAGAAACUGGCGAGUGCAGAAGGCGCAGAAGGGAUGCAAAUGCUCGAAUCCAUGUUCACCGGUUAAAAAUUGUGCUGAGCUGCACAGAUCUGGUCAGAGAAUCAAUGGUAUUUAUAAAAUCAAAACUGACAACUCACAAGCCUUUGAUGUAUACUGUGACCAGACAACAGACGGUGGAGGCUGGACAGUGUUCCAGAGAAGACUAACUGGUUCCGUUGAUUUUAACCGCAGUUGGGCUGACUACAAACAUGGUUUUGGAAGUUUCCUCGAUGGUGAAUUUUGGCUUGGACUGGAUAACAUCCUCCGGCUGACUAAAAAGAAUAAAAACAACAGGCUUAGAGUGGAUCUGGGGGUUGAUUCUAAAAGAAUUGUUUACGCUGAAUAUAAAUGGUUUGGAAUUGCGAACGAAACGGCUGAGUACCAGCUGAACAUUGGCAAUUUGGCAAAUGCGACUGUCAAUGAUUCUCUCCGUGAUCAUAAUGGCUCAAAGUUUAGAACCUGGGAUCAAAAGCAUUCCAUCUGUCCUGAAAAAGUAGGGGAAAGCUGGUGGUUCCCGGAAGACUGUACUAUUCGUUCAAAUCUAAACGGAAUUUAUGGAAGCAAAGAAAACGGAAAUAUUCAUUGGGGACAACUAGAUCUUGACGAUCCUAGUCGCAAACCCAAAACAUCAGAAAUGAAAAUCAGACCUGCAGACUUCAAACGGCGAGAAGAGAGGCGGACAAAACUAGGAACAAAGAUGGCAUGCAACUGCAGAUUAUAA